CCCAUAUGCCAGUGUUUUUCUGUUAACAGUUGCAUCAAAUUCCUCCAACGUCUCUCUGUUAGUAAUUUACCCAUAGAAAUUCCGAAACACCUCAAGUACAUAUACCUAUGCAUAUAUCUUGACCAUCUUCACCAUCGUAUUCUCCUCCAUUUCCUAAACCCCAUUACCCGACUUUUCUUCAACACCCUUUUCUCAGCAUCAUCAACAGAGUCACCAACUUUCAGCUGUGAAAUCCUCAAAAACCUUGGUCAAAGUCGUUCAAGACCCUAAAUCUUCGAUCUCUAUAGCAAUGAAGAAGCAAAAAUCAAAUGAUGGGUUGAUAUGCAACCACUUUGAUCGUCUCUCUGAGGAAAUCAUUUUAUCGAUCCUUGAUUGUCUCAAUGACAACCCACUUGACAAGAAGUCAUUUUCUCUUGUAUGCAGAUCCUUCUAUGGCAUCGAGUCUCGGCAUCGAAAAACCCUAAAGCCACUUCGUUCCGAUCAUUUAACCACGACCCUGAAACGGUACCCCCAUGUGACCAAACUCGAUCUCUCUCUGUGUCCUCGAAUUACAGACGAUUCACUCACUAUUAUAUCGGUUUUUUGUAAGAAAAUGUUAAGGUCGAUCGAUCUUUCGAGAUCCAAGUUUUUUACUCAUCUGGGUGUGUCGAAUCUGGUUAUGUAUUGUCCAAAUCUGGUUGAACUUGAUCUGUCAAACGCGACCGAGUUAAGGGACACGGCUGCGGCUGCGAUUGCCGAGGCAAAGAAUUUGGAGAUGUUGUGUUUGGCGAGGUGUAAAUCGAUUACUGAUAUAGGGAUUGGGUGUAUAGCUGUUGGGUGUAGGAAGCUGAGGUUGAUCAAUUUGAAAUGGUGUAUGGGUGUUGGUGAUUUAGGUGUGGGUUUGAUUGCUGUUAAAUGCAAGGAAAUUCGCAGUUUGGAUCUUUCUUACUUGCCGAUUACAAAUAAAUGCUUACCACCGAUCUUGAAAUUACAACAUCUUGAAGAUUUGGUCCUAGAAGGGUGCUUCGGUGUUGAUGAUGACGGCCUUGCAGUCCUCAAACAAGGGUGUAAAUCGCUAAAGACACUGGAUAUGUCAAGUUGCCAGAAUGUCAGUCAUGUAGGCUUGUCUUCUUUAACAAGUGGCACUGUAUGUAUACAGCAACUUAUCUUAGCGUACGGCUGUCCUGUAACUCCUGCUCUUGCUGAUAGUUUGCAAAAGCUUUCCAUGUUGCAAUCAAUCAAACUAGAUGGUUGCAUGAUCACUUGUUCUGGACUUAAGUCUAUAGGAAAUUGGUGUGUAUCUUUGAGGGAGAUAAGCUUAAGUAAAUGCUUGGGAGUUACAGAUGAAGGUCUCUCCUCCCUCGUGACAAAACACAAGGACUUGAGGAAGCUAGAUCUCACAUGUUGCCGCAAGAUAACCUAUGAUUCGAUUUCCCACAUUACAAAUUCUUGCACCUCCCUCACUUCCCUCAGGAUGGAGUCAUGUACAAUGGUUCCAAGAGAAGCUUUUGUAUUGAUUGGACAGCAUUGCCAUUCUCUUGAGGAACUUGACCUUACAGAUAAUGAAAUUGGCGAUGAAGGUCUGAAGUCCAUCUCAAGAUGUUCCAAACUCUCGAGCUUGAAACUAGGAAUCUGCCUUAACAUAACUGAUGAAGGGCUUACCCAUAUUGGAAUGCGCUGUUCAAAACUUAUAGAACUCGAUUUGUACAGGUCAGCAGGAAUAACAGACUUGGGCAUUUCAGUAGUUGCUCGUUGUUGCACUGCACUUGAAAUGAUCAACAUAGCCUAUUGUAAAGAUAUUACUGACAGUUCCUUAUUAUCAUUGUCAAAAUGUUCGAAGUUGAGCACACUUGAAAGUCGAGGAUGUCUUCUUAUCACAUCUUUCGGUCUAGCAGCUAUUGCUGUGGGAUGUAAGCUACUCACCAAGCUAGACAUAAAGAAGUGCUACAACAUUAAUGAUGCUGGAAUGAUUCCACUCGCGCGCUUUUGUCAUAAACUUGGACAAAUAAAUUUGUCAUAUAGCUCUGUCACAGACGUGGGACUCUUGGCACUUGCCAGUAUCAGCUGCUUACAGAGCAUUACCAUCUUACACUUGAAGAAUUUAACUCCAAGUGGACUAACUGCUGCAUUAUUGGCAUGUGGAAGGCUUACAAAGGUGAAGCUCCAUGCAUCCUUUAAAUCAUUGUUACCAAAACCUCUUCUCCAGCAUCUAGAAGCCCGAGGCUGUGUUUUUCAAUGGAGAGAUAAAGUGUUUCAGGCUGAAUUAGAUCCGAUUUGUUGGAAACUACAGCCGCAAGAUAUUUAUUAAAGAUGUGCGAAAGGUUCUAUCAGUUGAGAAGGUUCACUCUCUUGUAGAUGAAGACCCACUCUGAAAAAAGGCAAAGCCUAGAGUGCAUGUAUAAGAAUUUGGGGUCUGUUCCCUUUUUCACUUACAAAAUUUGAACACGUGGCCUUCAAUCAAAGGUACCAAGAAGGUCAUGAGAAUAAUUUGUUUGGAAGAAUUAUGUUGUCCAACCUACUCUGUAAUUUACUGUCUAAUUUAAAUACAUGUCGAAUAAUUUGUUUGGAAGAAUUGUGUUGUCCAACCUACUCUGUAAUUUACUGUCUAAUUUAAAUACAUGUCUAUACGGUUUUUAUA